AUGGAUGAUACCGGCUAUUUUUCCAUUCAAGUUUUACAGCGUGCCCUUAAAAUAGUUGACAUUGAAUUAAUAUCUUAUAAUAGUCAACAGAGAAUCGCUGAACAAGCUCGACAAACACCAACAAAUAUUCAAGGUUAUAUAUGUAAUUUACAUCAACAUUGGUUAACAAUUCGACGCUUUGGCUCACAAUAUUUUGAUUUAAAUUCUAUGUUAACUGUACCAAUAUUAAUAUCAAAUACAUAUUUAUCAUUAUAUUUAGCUCAGUUACAACUUAAUGGCUAUAGUAUAUUCAUUGUUAACGGAGUCUUACCGGUCUGUGUAGCAGAUGAACGUUUAUCACGGUCGCCAGUUGAUCCGAAACGCUAUAACCAAUUAACGAAACGUUUAAACAAUUCAAAAGUUGUUAUUCAAACGUCAUCAUCUCAUAAACUAACAUCAUCGAUGUUUGAUAAUGAUGAUGAUAAUUUAACACGUGCAAUAGAAGCAAGUAUUCAACAUAACAAUGUCCAAGACAAAAUAUUACAAGAAGCAUUAGAGAAAAGUUUUUUCGAUUCACAGAAAGGUAAUAUACAAAAUAACGAACUAACUAAUCAACUAUUAUUGGAAGAAGCGAUUGCGGCUAGUUUAAAUAACGUUUCUUUAACAUCUCAAAAGCAACAGGAACAGCUCACCGUUGACGCAUUGCGUUCGAAGAGAUUACAAUAUUACGAAAAUAAAGAGUAG